CGUAGUUUGUUUUUUUGUUGUUGCUUUGGUUUCUUCUGUGAUUGCCUCUGGGCAAAAAAAAAAAAAAAAACUUUUUUAAUACAGUAUAUUCUUAAAAUGGUCGACUCGAGCUGCCCUAUAAUUCUGUUCGGCUUGGCUCGUGAAGCAAGAAACAACAAAACUGUCGAAAGAAUUCAGGUGAAAACUGAAUCAACGACAGAUUCCUAGAGAGAGAAAGAGAGAUAUUUUAGAGAGAGAAAACAUGGUGUUCAACAGUUUGCUGGUGAUAUCGGUGGCGAACCGAUCAGCCGAUGUUUGGCAACACCUCGCACGCUUUCCCGAUCCUAUAAGCAGCGAACAAUUGUUAGAUCUCGUCUGUUGUUUCCCAAUUCAACAGAUAGGUCGUUUGUUGAUGUGCAUUUGGACAUUCCUUUGCCUCCCUCCUCCCGAUUCUUUCUAUUCGUACGCCUACUACGAGUCCGAUUCGUCUUCGACCAGUCUCGAUGACGACGAUGAUUACGAUUACGUUUCACAUUCGGAUUGACGUGUAAUUCGGCUUUCAUGUACAGUAAUCUUCAAUCCAAUUCUCUCUAUUAUGGUUUAUGUUGAUUUUAAUUCGAAAUCUUUGAUUGUUGUUUACUAAUUAACCGUUAAAAUUGAUGAACUGUUAUUGAUAUUGGGUGAAUUUACAAAUUGGUGUAAAAUAUUCAUGUUGAAUUUAUUGUUUGGUUGAAAAUCUACAUAUGUUUUUACUGUUGUGUUA